CAAUUGUUGAUCCCUUCCAGUAAAGGGAGCAUGUCUGGUCACGGGCUCAUGUCUGCACCCCAGCGAUCAUCAUUGACUACCCAUUUCAGACCAUCUAUGACUAGUAGCAGAUGUGUGCGCGAACAAUGGGUAUUCGCGCGUUGCUGCUAGCGCUGACAUAGAUGUCGCCCGUGUGAUUACAUUAUGAUUAGAUCGUAGGUCUACCCAACUCGUUAGGAGUGCCGACUGUACAAGCCAGCAGAGUCUCCAGUACUUUCUCCUAUCCUCUGGUAGAGGAACUUCCAAUAUGUGGACUGGCGUGCUGGUCGCGUUUGCUGCUGCGCUCGCAGCUGUGACUUCAGCAUUCCCCCAGCGACGGCAGUCAGACGAUCCCAGCGGAUAUGAGUACAUCGUGGUGGGUAGUGGUGCCGGCGGAGGGCCUCUGGCAUCUCGCCUCGCACGAGCAGGCUUCAAGACGCUCCUACUAGAGGCAGGAGAUGACCAGGGGAGCAACUUAAACACCUCUGUGCCUGGAUACCAGGCUGUGGUCACGCAGGAUCCGAAGAUUCGAUGGGACAUGUAUGUUAACCACUACCAGGACAUUGCGCGCGCUCAGCUCGAUCCGAAAUUUGUGUACGACGUUGACGGAGCGGUCUUUACCACUAUCUACAAUGGCACUGAUGUCCCCGCCGGAGCCACUCCCAAGGGUAUACUGUACCCUCGUGCUGGCGUGCUAGGAGGGUGCGUCUCGCACAACGCGCUGAUCUGGAUCGAACCCCAUGACUCCGAUUGGAACAACAUCCAGAACCUGACCGGAGACAGCAGCUGGAGCGCGGAAAACAUGCGUGACACGUAUCUCAACAAGAGGGUGUACCAGUGGCAAUCCACCGAGCCUACCGACCCUACAAUUGUGGCGAGGGAUGUAAAGUUGGCGAAACAUCUCGUUGGAGGAGCUGCAGAGAUCGGACUUGGGCCUAACCCACUCAAUGCACUGACAGGUCUUGGCGAGCUGCUGCUUGUCAGUCCGAACGGGGGCUACGCAGAUCGUGACUCUACGGAAGGCUUCUUCCAGAUACCGCUCAUCAUGACAAACGGCGCGAGGAAAAGCGUGCGAGACUGGAUCGUAGAGACUGUAAAUGACGGCUAUCCGCUGACCGUCAUGCCGAACACGUUUGUUACCAAGAUCACUUUCGACACCAAUUCCACAUCUGGCAAGCCGCGAGCUACUGGCGUCGAAUACCUUCAGGGACAGUACCUGUACACUGCUAGUCCGCUCAGUGGUGGCAGUGGCACGCCAGGCAGCGUCUCUGCGACUAGGGAGGUCAUCGUCUCAGGAGGCACUUACAACACGCCGCAGUUGCUCAAGCUCAGCGGUGUCGGUCCUGCCGACGAGUUAGAGAGCUUCGAUAUCCCAGUCCUUGUCGACUUGCCCGGGCUUGGAUCAAACAUGCAAGAUCGCUACGAGAUACCGAUCAACACUUAUCAUCCGGAUGACUUCACCAUUCUCGACGGUUGCACCUUCGAUCUGAAAAGUGAUGAUAAAUGCCUCACUCAAUGGGAGAACAACCCUUACGUGCUCGCACAAAAGGGUGCCUAUGCAACGAAUGGGCUUGCGGCAGCCAUGGGCAAGGUCUCGUCCACAUCUCCAACAGGUGAUGUUGACUUAUUCAUCUUUGGCGGUCCGGUCAAUUUCCAGGGCUACUUCCCGCAAUGGAGCGAUGACGCGGUCAAAGAUCAUCAGCACUUCAGCUGGUAUACGUUGAAGGCCCAUACGCAGAAUAAGGCUGGCACGGUUACCCUUCGCUCCACGAAUCCUCUCGACCAGCCCGACAUCAACUUCAACUACUUCGACACUGGCACAACAGCCAGCGGAGAAGACGAAGCAGACCUCGCCAGUCUCGUAGAAGCCGUCAAGAUCUCUCGCGGUGCCCUGCAGCACUUCCACGACUAUGACCUUCUGCUUCCUACCACAGACUUUACUGAAGAGGAACCAGGCAAGAAUGUUACGUCGGAUGCAGACAUCGGCGACUAUAUCAAGCAGCGGGCCUGGGGCCAUCACGCAUGCUGUACGGCACCUAUUGGCGCCGAUGACGACCCUAGUGCAGUGCUGGACACCAACUUCCGCGUGAAAGGGACCGAGGGCUUGAGGGUGGUUGAUGCUAGCGUCUUCCCUCGCAUCCCAGGCAUCUUCAUCCAGAGUGCGAUAUUCAUGAUCAGCGAGAAGGCCGCAGAUGCUAUUAUUAAUGGAUCGUAGGUAGCCAACGUGCUGUAGUAUGAUGCCUGGGUGCCUGCAAUGUCCCAAAGUUGGGCCCUUGAACCCAUCGUCAUCGCCCCCGACUGGUCCAGAACGCGUCCAGAUGUUCCUGCCUGACCUCGAACGCCCAGUGAUGGCACGUUUGGUGCAUCACCGGACUCACCUCUGGCGCGUCCUCGUCCAUGCCGUCGUCGAACACUUCCCGCACGCCCAACUGCAUGUACUUCUUCAGCAGCAUCCUUCGCCCACCGUCCUGUCUCGCCAACACACUUCUUCCACCGGCUGACCUGCCGACCAUCGUCGUCGCACCGUCUACCACGGAAGAAGCGCGUGUACCACUG